UUUCCGAUGCUGCUAUCAGAAGAGGAAAGUAACGCGACAUCUCCUGCUUCUAAAGUGAAGCCUUUUGUGGUGCAUAAAGCUUGAAAAAAACGCCCGCCUUUAUUUGCCUAAACGUGCUUUCCUGUUGGAAGGGGAAAAAAAUAUGAACAGUGAUGCGAGUGUGACUCAGCAGCAAAAGCACUGUUUCGUGAACAAUUUGUAAGCGUUGCUUGCUAACACCUGACCUUUGGUGACAGAUUUUUAUACACGUCGGACGUCUGCCAUUUUGUUGACAAGCCAUCGCUCCGACGCUUUGCUCAAGUCAUGUCCGCCUACACAUUCGGAGCAGCUCUCGAGCACACGAGCUCGAAAAUCACAUCCCCACCCGCCAUAAAGCAAAAGAAUACUUCUGCACCCCCUUCAGCCAUCGAGUUGCAGGAGUACUUCAAUUCAGUGCAAUCACAGCAUUCUGGAUAUGCAGAUGGCAUAACACCUGCGGGACCACAAACACCUGGUUGGACGGGAUCGCAAACUCCCAAGACACCUAAUGAGUUGGAGAUUAGUAGACCACCGUCUCCUGAGCAGGCUACAGAGGUUGUGCCCAGUUUUGGGUUUCCGAACAAGAAUAGGUGGAGGGUUUUGGCUGUUUGUGUGGUUUAUCUCGCUAAUGGGUUGAGCGAUGCUGCUGCUGGUGCUUUGAUCCCUUUUAUGGAAACACAUUACGAUAUCGGGUAUGCGAUUGUGUCGCUAAUUUUCAUUACAAACGCCAUUGGAUUCAUUGCUGCGGCGUUCUUUACGGAUCUUGCCCUGGAGAAAUUGGGGAGGGCGAAGGCUUGUAUGCUUUCGGAGGCGCUGUUGGUUGCUGGAUAUGCUAUUAUUGCUUGUACGCCUCCUUUUGCUGUGGUGGUUGCGGCCUUCUUACUGCUUGGACUGGGUGUAGCACUCAACCUGGCCUUGAACAAUGUAUUCUUGGCCAAUCUGGCGAAUCCGACAGUUAUUCUUGGAGCAGCACAUGGUAGCUAUGGACUAGGUGGUGUCAUAGGUCCCAUCAUGGCGACUGUCCUGGUAUCUCGAGGUAUCCUCUGGAGUCGCUUCUACCUCAUUACUCUAGGACUCCACGCCAUUUGCUUCUUCACUACCGGCUGGACAUUCUGGAACUACGAGAGUGAGCCAACCAGUCUGAAGACCGGCAAUCUUAUCCCACGUCGUGCUGGCGAAACACAACCCACGAAACUGCAGAUGAUGAAACGGGCUCUCAACAGCAGAGUCACCGUAUUUGCUGCGCUAUUCAUCUUUGCUUAUCAGGGUUCUGAGGUCAGCACUUCUGGCUGGGUCAUUUCCUUCCUCAUCGAAGCUCGUGGUGGUGAUCCGGCUAAAGUCGGAUAUGUCACUGCUGGUUUCUGGGGCGGCAUUACACUGGGCAGAUUUGUUCUGUCUCACCUAGGACCAAGGAUUGGAGAAAAGCGCUUCGUCUAUAUCCUCACUGUUCUUGCUAUUGCUUUCCAGCUCUUGGUCUGGUUGAUCCCCAACAUUAUCGGCGAGGCUGUUGCUGUAUCGCUGCUUGGCUUGCUGCUGGGACCAGUGUAUUCGUGUGCCCUUACAAUCUUCACCAGACUGAUGGGCAGAGAUGUGCAAAUGAUGGCAUUGAGCUUCGUGUCCAGUGCUGGCAGCAGUGGUGGAGCGAUCGCACCAUUCUUGACAGGUCUGUUGGCGCAACAAGUGGGAACUUUCGUCUUGCAUCCUAUCUGUAUCGGGUUAUUCGUGAUCAUGGUGGCCUGCUGGUAUGGUUUGCCCAACGUGGUUAAGAAGUCGGAGUAAAUCUAUCAGAGGAAAAAGUUCUGCUAUCAAGAUUAGGUUCACACAGUGAUAGAAUAAUACAAUCUGCUGUAUACUAAGGCA